CGACGUCACUUUAGCGCCAUUAGACAGAAGAAGCGGUCCAGAUAAUUUCACUUUCCAAAGUUAAACUGCUAGAAAGAUCAACCGUGCCCAAACAUGGACCGUCAUUUUGAUAGGUCAUCACCGAGAGAAAGGUUUCCGCCACUUGCUCCUGGUAGAACAUCUUUAGUUGCCAGCAAACCAAAAUUGGCUUAUGAAAAGAUUGAGAGGAUUACACCAAGGUCACCACCUUACAUCAAUGGCCGCUGCCCUCCUCCACCUGAACGUUUCAAACGUCAGAGACCCAGCAGUGGUCAAUCUCCCACCUUUUUAAUGGAGGAUAUAAAACGCCAAAGGCCUGGCAGUGGACUUAAAACACCCGAGGACUUAACCAUAUCUGGACACACCUGCACUAUAAUUGCCCUUGACAUUGAGCUCACAGCUGAUAGCUCAACACCUGUGACAGUCAUGGAUAAACCACAGAGAAAUAUUAAAAGAGAUAGUGCUGUAAAAUCAUUCUCAGUACAGCAUAUUGGCCAAGAAUUUUCACCUACUCCAAACUUCAUCUCUUUAUCUACGGAAUCUGCUACAAAUCGGCCUCCAACCCCUGUUGUCCUUGAUGCAAAAGCAGAGAAAAAGAGGAAAAGAAGGGAAAGAAAAGAAAGAGAGGCAAGGAAAUUUGAGGAAGCCAGACUUAAAGAACAAGAAAAGCUGGAAAAGGACAGACAAGUAGCUGAGCUGUCCCGCAACCGAUCAAUUUUCAAUGGAAACAGAGAUACCCUUCCAUCCAUUGGCAAAAAGACUGCAGAGGUUAACUUUUACAUGGGAAAACUGCCACAGAUUGAGGAAGUUGAUUACAACGGCAAAGCCUUGCCUGACAACAACGUAGUGGACGUUAUACAAAAGCAUGAAGCACAAGUUGAAACCACUGCCUACCUGCGCAUGAUCAGCCAGGACUACAUUAAUGCCAGUGCUGAAUUGAUGGAAGCCUAUAAGGAAAAUGAGGCUCUUGAAAUCAUUGAGGCCCAUGAGGAAGAGGUUGGAAGGAAGCAUGCAGCAACUAACUACUAUGUCAGCGGCAGUUAUUCCAACAGGAGUCAAUCAUGCAGGACCUCCUCUGCCCGAUCUAGAUGCCCCUCAGGAGUGGCAUCUAGACGGAUAAUUGCCUAAAUCCUUUCAAAUUGUCAUGCAUGCUCACAUAAAUUUUAAGGCCAAAAACAAUGUAAACAAAUUUCAAAUAGUUUCCUUAUCAACAUAAUGUUUUUUUAUCUUUGGGAGAAAAAAACAAACUAGUUAAACAAUUUGAAAAAUUAAAUUUUGAACAAACACCUUUUUUGGCAGUCACAUACUGAAAAAAAACACUUUCAUUUUUUUCAUUUUUCAUUUUUUUUUUUAAUCAAUACAGAAAACUUAAUGGAUAUAUAACUGACUGUUUAUGAAACAGGUUAAAUACAUCUUUUACAAAUUUGAUUGUGAUUUAACUUUAUUUUAUCAGGUCCUCUUUGAGCUAAAUGUAUUAAUACACCUAGAUAUACCACAGUUAUAAUGUUUGCAGGAAUGCAACCCUACAUAAUAAUAUUAUUUUAUUUUUUUCAUUUUCAGUAAGAAAAGUUUACAUCUAUAAAAAUUAAAAUUCAUAAUAGGAGGUUGCUGCAUAGGGCAGAUUGGUGCAGGUUGAAGUUUUUAUCCAUUCCUUACAAUUGAAGUUUAAGGCAUGUCAUGAGUAAUUUAGGCUUUAAAUAUUCACUUUUAUAAAAUUCCUUUUCCAUCUCACAAUGUUAACCUGGUUGGUCAAAAAAUACUAAAACAACCUUUUUAAUUUCAUAAGCUUUUUGAUUGUUAAUUGUUUGAAUAUUAAUAUACAUUUACAUAUCUACACAUUCAUUACAAACAUUUAGGUACACUUUUAUUACAUACUUUUACAUACACAUUCAUUACAAACAUUUUACCUAAACCUUCAUUACAAACUCAUAACAAACUAUAAACAUACACAUUCAUUACAAACAUUUACAUAUUGGAACAUUCAAUUCAUUUAGACAUAUUCAUAUACAUCACAUAAGCAUCUAUUAAUACAUAUAAUAACAUAUUUAUUUGACAGUACAUUGGUCUUCCUCUUUUUAAAUUUGAACACUCAAACUUUUCUGCCAUAAAAUAUUGUAAUAUCUAAUAGGGUAACUGAAAAAAAAAUCAAGUUUGGACUGGUGAUUGGUGUACAGUGUUGAUGAAAAAUAAUUUUAAAUAUGAUAAUUUUUAACAAUUCAAAUGGUGAUUUUUUUUUUCGGAAAAAUGUUUUUUUAUUUUUACUGUUUUUUUUUCUCUUAAGAAAUAUUUUCAAUUCCAAGAUGGCUCGAUACGAGGGUAGUAAAGGAUGUCUAAAAAAUUUGAAAAAUGUAAAAAAAGUGACAUCCUUGCUUUUCUUGUAUCUGAUAUUUUAUUUAACUUUUUCCUUUUAUUCCUGUUUUUUUUUCUUACAUUUUAAAAAUUCACUCUUUUUUUGUUCACAACACUGUUCACUUGAAUGAGCACACAUUUGUUUGGGAACAUAAAGUCAAGAAAAUCUGAGUCAUUAUUAGAAAGAUGUCACAUUGGCUACCAUAUCAGACUUCAAAAUGUUAGCAGUAUUACCAGCAAUACAAUAACACAUUGUAACAUUUGCAGUUUGCACACAUUAAUCCAUUUAUUCCUCCCCUCCCCCACCCCUAAGUCCACCAAACACACCCUUGAACAAAUUGACAUUGUUUAUAUCACUAGACUUACUAUUUUGGCUUACACAUUUGUCAACUUAUUUGUAUUUUUUUAGUCAGAAAAAAAGGAAGAAUUAUGUUUAAUAUUAAAACUGCAAUAAAAGUAGGAGUGUGACCUGGUGAGCAUUAUUAGUACCAAAACACUUCAUUUUUUUUAUAUAUAUAUAUAUUUGGUAAAUAUAAUUUAUUAACAUUUUUUAAAACAUAUAAACAAAAUCUUCUAAGUGCAUUAAGAGCUUGAAAGCUGUACAUUCUAUUUUUAUUCUUUUGAAAUGUUACAAUACAAGGGGAACAUUAAGAUGUCGUAAAAUGUAAAAAAUGUAAAAAAAAUAAUAUGACAAUCUGUUCUCCUUGCAUUAGAUUUUUUUUUCCUUUUAAAACAAACUUUUUUCGGCCAUUGUUUUACAUAAAUUGUUUUCCUUUGUUAGAUUUUUCACAAUAAUGUUCACUAGGUUGUUUGUAGCAAAAUGAUAAUAACAAUCCUGGCGAUUUAGAUCUUGAAAAUAAAGCUUUGUGGUUAUUUAAAGACAUCUGUUGUUUCAAGAAAUUUGUUUACUGAAUUUUCAGAAGUAUUUCAAAUACAUUAAAACAUACAUAUCUCCGGACAGAUGCCAGAUUGGCUGACAUUUUAGACAUCAAAAUAUUAGCAGUAUUAGUGAUAAUACAUUGUGGCAUUUGCAGUUUGUACACAUUUACCCAUUUAUCCCCCAACAUCUCCCUCAAACUGCAAUUUAUACACAUUUACCCAUUAUCCCCCAUCCCCAACAGUUUCCUCAAGCUGCAAUUUGUACACAUUUACCCAUUUAUGCCACCACCCACCUCCUAAAACACACCCAGGAACAAUUACUUUUUUGGCAUACAAAUUUUUCAAUUUAUUUUUAAUUUUUUCAGUCAGAAAAAAAAGAAUUAUGUAUAUUAAAACUGCAAUAACAUUUGGAUUGUGACCUGGUAAACAUUGAUGGCACCAAAACAUUUCAUUAUUUUCUUUUAUUUGAUAAAUAUAACUUGAUUAUAUUUUUAUGAUAAUAACAAUUCAGGCAAUUUAGAUUUUAAUGUUUACAUAUAUCUAGACUUAGACACAGUAAAUACUAGGAGUAAUCUAGUCAUUCUUAUAUAUUCUUAUAUAGCUAAUUAACAUCAGUAUACUACUGUUCACUACAUCAACAUGUCACAUUCACUACAUCAAUAUGUCAAUUUACCAUGUUCACUACAUCAAGAUGUUAUGUUCACUAAAAUGAUAACAUUCAUUACUGUUAUACCAGUCCACAUUCACUAAAACAUCAAUAUUUCAUCAUUUUAUCAUAUCACAUGUGCUAUUUUAAAACAUCAUGUUCACUACAUCAACAUGUCACAUUCACUAAAAAGAUUAUCAUAAUCACAUUCAUUACAUGCAAUGUUCACAAGAUACUAGUAGUUUUCACAGGAUAGACCAUCAUAUCACAUUUACAAAAUUGUAACAUUAACAACUGUAUCAUUGGCCUGUCUUGAAAUUCAUCGUUUUCUUUCUGUUUUUUGAUUUUGUAAAAAGAUAUGGGCCCUAUGCAGCAACCAAUACCAUAUUAGUUUUAAAACAAACCCAAUAUUUCAAUUAUUUUUGUACUUUUAUUUUUCCAAAAACAUUUCUAGGCUAGUUAUUUUGAAGAAGAAAAAAACCUGGUUAAUUAUUUAUGACUAUUUGCUUUGCCUUUUUCUAAUUUAAUUGUUAUAGGAAUAGCACUUUCUCUUCUCAUUUACAAAUUUUUGAAGACAAACAUGCCUGUAGUAUGUGACUGUCCAAUGAAAAACAAUCUUUCAAAAUUUCAUUGAACUUCAUUUAACAAGAUAAUUCAUUUAUUGUGAGCAUGCAAUGGCAAAGGAGGAAAAAAGGACUUUUUUGCAACUCUAUAAAACCUUAUUAAAAGAAAUGUUGAAAUUUAAA